GAACGGAGACUCUCUCCCUCCUCGAGACUCGGGGACUCUCAGCUCCAAGCAGGGCUGCUUUGUGGUGGAGCUGGAGCGCAGUCAGAGGGGCUUUGGCUUCAGCCUGCGGGGGGGCAAGGAGUACAACAUGGGGCUGUUCAUCCUGAGGCUGGCAGAGGAGGGGCCGGCUCUGAGUGACGGACGCAUCCAUGUGGGCGAUCAGAUCGUGGAGAUUAACGGCGAGGCGACGCAGGGCAUCACACACACCAGAGCCAUCGAGCUGAUCCAGGCCGGAGGCAGCAAGGUGCUCCUGCUGCUGAGAGCUGGAGGGGGAGCUGUACCUGACCACAGUUCGAAGGACAAAGUAGCCGCUCCCCUCCGACUCUCUGAGGGUCCGUCCUCCUCCUCCCUUUCUACCUCAGAAAUAUCCCCGUCUUCCCCCAAAACCUCAGAGGAAAACAGAUCCAGAUCGCACAGCCCCAGGAAGACGGAGAGGGAACACAGCGGGUCUCUGGAGGACAUGAGGAAGGACGUGAGGAAGGACAUGAGGAAGGGUCAGAGGGACCAUCAUCAUCAUCACUCCUCGAGCCCCAGGAAGACCUCCAAGAACCAGGAGGAGCCGCAGAGGGAGAAAAACCCGGGGAUCGGAAAGUCUGACGGUGACGGGACCCUCGGCAGGAGGAGAACGAAGGAGAAGGAGGAGAAAGAGAAGGAGGAGGUGAAGAAAGAGAAGGAAAAGGAGGAGGUGAAGAAAGACCCCAGAGGAUCCAGUAGCAGCAGCAUUAAUGAUCCUGGGUGCAAUGGGAUCAAUAAGAAGACCCCCACCAUCUCCCCGGGGCCCUGGAAGGUGCCCAGCUCCUCAAAGGUCCACAACCAGGAGUCCAGCUACGCAGACAUUUAGAGUUAGAGCGUUAGAGGGAUGUCAAACCCGCAAAACGAUCGAUUUUAAUUAAAAGACUCGCGAAGUGUGUUGCCGUCCUGAAGAAAUCUCACAUGCGUCCCAGAUAUCUGACGCGCUUCCUGCGAGAAUUAGAGCGAUAUAAAACCCGCAAAAUGAUCGUUAAAUUAAAUGUGAAAGACUCACCAAGUGUGUUACCGUCCUGAAGAAAUCUCACCUGAAUCCCCGGUGAAUAAAGACUCCGAAACAUGUAGAGAAGUUGAAGAUAAAUGAAGGAAAUUGGGGAGACAGAAGUACAUACUUGAUAAAAAGAUGGUUAACUAGAGGUGGUUCUGUGAGACGAAGGAAUACAUCACCAAUCAUCGCCAAAAGUUUUCAUAAUGGAUGUAUUGUUAAGGUAUCAUCACAUGCAAACAUGUUCAAUAACGAGAUGCAUCUUUAUGAAGAAAUGUUGAUGCUUUUGCAAAAAGUGUAGUACCACAAAAUGGUUUUAACAUUUAUAAUUUGAAUGUAUACAUAAACACCGUUCUGCUGAGCAUGCUACGCUAACUACAAGCCUCUUGGAGCCACUCUGGAAGUGGUCAAAUAACUUCGAUAAAAGUCAGAUUUCUGAGAAAAAAGUAAUCAUUUAAAAAAUAAAUUCUGAAUAAAAAAAGUCAAACCUUAGAAGAAAGAAGAUUUUGAGAAAAACAUUUGAAAGACGUCAGAAAUCUGAGAAAUAUUUAAAAUAUCUGAGAAAAAGUACAUUUUGAGCAAAAAUUCUGAAAUCUAAGGAAAAAGUAAAUAAAAUAAAAAAGUCAGAAAUCUGAGAAAAUAUUAAGAAUCCUGAUUUUAUUUUUUUAACAAAUUUGAAUGAAUUUGAAAAAACCCAAUUCUGAAAAAAAAUUCAAAUCUUACAUUUUGAGAAAAAAGUACAUUUUGAAGCAAAAAUCCAGAAAUCUAAGAAUUGGAGAAAAAAAGUAAAAAAUUGGGAGAAAGAAAAGUGAAAUAUUAGAAAAUAUCAGUUUUGAGAACAAACCAGUGCAAGAAGUGAAGAUCUGUCCCUAACCCUGUCUGGUGCUCGGUUCAUGCACUGAUAAAUAAUUGUUGGGGAAAUCUAAGAAAAGUUCAAAGUGCUGCGAAGAAAAGUAAAUUUUGAGCAAAAAUGUAAAAUUCUGAGGAAAAAGUAAAAAUCGUAGAAAAAAAACCCACCGUUCUGCUUCUUAUGCUACGCUAACGCUAGCCUCUUUUACAGGCGGUAACACUUGGUGAGUAAUGAAUAUGCCAAUGAUCAUUUUGUGGGCAGACGCACAUUAAUUAUUGAAGGAUGUUUGUAGUUAUGUUUGCCACCUCGGAAAAGCAGAUCACUGUGUAGCCGCUCACUACUUCUGAUUUAUUUGAGUUAUUCUUUUAGUUAUUCUUAACCCAGUUCGCCUCGGUCCGAUCGGGAGGAUUUGUACCGUAUGAAGAUAUUUUUUUGGGGGGUGGUUGAGAUUUUGUGCCAAUCAGAGACUCCGGUUAAUCUGAAGCUGCUACGACGGCGACUCACUGUGAGAAAAAAAACCAAAUCCAUGUUGGUCAUUUUGAAGGAUUUAAACAUGCAGAUUCUCUUCCAGGUGAGAAGCUCUGGAGAGUGAAGCGUUUCCUAAAAUCAGCUGCAAAACGCCUGCAGCUUUGGACUGUUUUCAUGCAACAGGAGAGACUUUGACUUUGAAGGAGCUUUAUAUGCAUCAAUCAGCAGACCAGAUACUUGUGGAUAAACCUCUACUGUUUGUUAAUAAUGCAGCAUAAUGUAAUUUAUUGAAAUGUAAUGUACACAUGUCCAUGCUGAGUCAUUGUCUAGGCCGUUGUUGCACCUGUCGGCCACCGUGAGAAAUAGAUUGUGUAGUUAAAAUAAGAAUCUAUGCACUCUAUUUCUACGUUUGCAUCUGUGUGUGUGUUUACCAGCUUAUUUUAGAUAUGGACUAUAACCCCAGAAACAUAUACUAUUAUUUAACAAAGUGAUUACACGUAUAUCGGCACAUAAUUUAGAUUAAUGAUCAGAAAUAAGAGAUAUUUUUCACAAGGCACAAACACUCAUUCUAACCUCCAAGAUCUACGUCUGAUUUCUUGUUUUAUUUACUAUAUGAUCCAUAAUGUGAGAACCAAUACAUGUUGACAUCACAGCUGUCCUGUUUGUGUUAUCAAUACAUGCAGACUCCCUAAAAAUGAAGGUCAUUUUACAGAAAACGGAGUCACAAAAUGCUUCAGUGUGCAAAAUGUGAGAAUCUGAAUCUACUUUUGUGAAUCAAAUGUAAUCAAAACAGGGAUUUACCUUCCAGAUGAAAAGUGUAUAUUUUUAAUUUAUUGGGAUUGUUGUGUAGUGUGGAGUGCGGAGACAUCUAGUGGCUCAUAAUCAGAAGUAAUUUAUUGUAGAUAUGACGGGCUGCUCUCUGAUAUCGUGGCCUUGCAUUGCUCCAACAUAUUAUAUAUAUAAAUAAUAAGACAUAUCUUUUAGUUUUGACAUCCUGGUAGUUGUAAAUGUUGUACAGCACAUGUAUAAAUAUUUGCCUCAUGCAGAAAUAAUCCUCUGUAAAUGGUUUCAUUAUUUUUUUAAGGGAGCUUGAGAGGAAGUGAUAUAAAAAAUAUGGGGUGAAAAAAAUAAAGAUCUGUCAUGGCGCUCGGUUCAUGAUAAAUAAAGGUUUACUGAAUAAAACGGGA